UGAAGAAAAUUAUAAUUUUUCUUAGGAAUUUCGUGAAUUAAUGGUUUGGGCUCGUCAAAUGCAUGCUUCAAUAACUGGGGAACUUUUACCUAAAGAAGUAGCUGGAUGUGAGGCUCUCGCCGCUAGACAUGCCGAAUUUCGGCGUGAAAUUUCUUCAAAAGAAUCAGAAAAACUUCAUUUUAUACAAAAAGGAGAACAAUUAUUAUCACAAGGGCAGAAUGCUUUGGUGAAUGAGAUUCGUUCUCGUAUAACUACUUUAGAGGAAGUUUUCUCUGAUUUGUUAAAAACUUGGCAUCGGAGACAACAAAUCUAUGAGGAUAAUGCUGAUCUUCAACGUUGGUUGUCCUCUGCAUCUGAAUUGGAACGUUGGUUAACAGAGAGAGAACAAUUGCUUGCUAAAGAUUGGACUGGAUUAGUUCAGGAUGGACUAGAAGCUGUUGAAAAUCAAAUUAGACAAUUUGAUGACUUUCUUGCCACUCUCGAUGCCCAAAGUCCUCAAUUUGAAGCUUUGAAACGCCUUACUCGACUUGAACAAAAUUGGGAACGUCUUAAAGGUCAGGAGGAUCGUGAAAGAAUUGUUUCUGUAAAUGCCCAACUUCAACAACAGCAACAACAAAACCGAAGGGAAACACAACCAAUUAGAACAUUAGAAAAGAAGAAAAUGCUACAGGAGAAAAGACAAGAAAGAGAACGCCGUAAAACACAGGAAAUUUCAUUAAUGGGAAACUCUAAUGGAGGAAUUGGGCGUCAUUCAACUACCGGACAGUCAAUUCGUUCUUCAACUUCUGCACAUUCUGGGGCUCAAAUGUUGGGACAAUUACAACAAUUAGAGCCUGUCCAGUCUUUGGCAACUACUGCAUUUAAUUCCUCUCAAACACUCCCAAGAGCUAGGCAAAGAGCUGCUGUAGGUGCUACUUCCUCAGCAUCUUCUUCUACAUCAGUAGUUGUAGUUGAAGGACAGCAGAAUAUUGUGCCACCAGUUGCUUCUUCUCGCCUUUCUAUCGAAAUUUCGCAGCCAUCAUCUACACAACAACAACAAAAUUUAACACCUUCCGCUCCUUUCCCUGUAGGUAUGCGAGUACCUUCCACAGGUCGAACACCUGGAUUUACAACACGUAGAACACAAAGUAUUCGAAGAAGUCGUCAAUGGGAUGAUUUAAGAACCGUUGAUAUUCACGGUUAUUUGGAUAGAAAACAAGAAUUACAAGCAGGUGGAAAACGUGCAACUUUCCGUUCUUGGAAGAGCUAUUAUUCAAUUUUGUGUGGACAACUUCUUUGCUUUUUUAAGGACGAACAACAUUUUAUGGAAAAUAUGGCAGCUGCAGCGCCUUUGGCAUUACAUGGAUCGAAUUCUGCACUUAAUCCUGAAUAUAUUAAAAAACGUUUUGUUUUCAAAUUAAAUACUGCUGAUGGAGCUGAAUUCCUUUUUGCUGCACCUGACCAGCUUAAAGCUCUUGAAUGGGUUGAUAAAAUUAAUUUUAGAGCAAAGUUAGAUCCAGCUGAUCAAUUGCUUGCUUUUAGACCGAGUACAAGUGAACCACUUGGAAAUUCCCAAUCAAAGCGACUUCCUUACUCCUCUACAACUGCAGAUGUAAUGUCUAGUUCGAGAAGUAUGACAUUAGAAUCAAGGCCAAAGCCUAAAGAAUUUAGUGGAAAUGUUGCUAAUACUUUCAAAGUGCCAAAUGAAAAUCAAAAAAUGAUUAAAAGCGCAACAUUAGAUCCACGUAAAAUUAAUGAUGACAAUAAACAUACAAAUUAUUAUUAUUCUUCUAAUAAUAAACAAAAAAAUGAAGAGAAUGGACAAAAUAUAGUAGAACAACAACAAUUUGCAAGUCGAAUAAAAAUUGGGGAGGAGGGUGAUGAAGAAGAAAAAAUUAUUGUUGAAGAGGAAGAUUUAGAAAAUAGUCCAAAUAAUAAUUGCCGAAAUAAUCAAAAUGGGAAUUCAAAUAUUUUUGAAGAUAAUAUUUCUGUACGCAGUGGUGGAAUCGGAGGAACAUUUAAAAAUAAAAAAAUUACAAGCGGUGCCUUUGCUUUUCUCCGACGUUCUUCAGCAGUUAUUGGAGGAAAAAAAUCUGGAUGCGAAAAUUCACUUGAUUAA